AUUCUAAGACCAAGCCUGUUUUGUAUUCUAAGACCAAGACUGUUUUGUAUUCUAAGACCAAGCCUGUUUUGUAUUCUAAGACCAAGCCUGUUUUGUAUUCUAAGACCAAGUCUGUUUUGUAUUUUAAGACCAAGCUUGUUUUGUAUUCUAAGACCAAGCCUGUUUUGUAUUCUAAGACAAAGUCUGUUUUGUAUUCAAAGACAAAGUCUGUUUUGUAUUCUAAGACCAAGCCUGUUUUGUAUUCUAAGACCAAGACUGUUUUGUAUUCUAAGACCAAGUCUGUUUUGUAUUCUAAGACCAAGCCUGUUUUGUAUUCUAAGACAAAGUCUGUUUUGUAUUCUAAGACCAAGCCUGUUUUGUAUUCUAAGACAAAGUCUGUUUUGUAUUCUAAGACCAAGCCUGUUUUGUAUUCUAAGAUCAAGCCUGUUUGUAUUCUAA